AUGUCUGGGAAGCCUGAAAACGCUAAUGGAAGAGUUAGCAUGCAUCUGGACGUAAACAAUGGCUUAGAAAGGGUAACAGAAUUGAUUGAAACCCGUCUCAUUGAGAGCGGUUGGAAGGACCGAGUGAAACUAGCUUGUCGCGAAGCUAUAACUGAAAAUAACCAGAAUGUCCCCUCUGUGGACCAUCUGAUUGAAGUUAUAACUCCGAAGGCGAGGGCUCUCGUUCCUGACGCAGUAAAACGUGAAUUAUUACACGAAAUCGAAAUGAUUUUUUCGAAUAUUGAGAAGGGUGGAUACACCACGACUUUGGAUGGAUAA